AAACAAGGAUAAAGAGAGUCUUUCAUUUACCCUGAGUUUAAGAGAUACCCUGAAGGAAAGGAACCGUGCCAUUCUGAGAUUCUACAAAAGGCCACGGGUGCAGUGGACUAACCCACUGCGAUGUCAUCUCAUAGGUGAUGCUGCCAUUGGAGAGGGUGUUAAUAGACAUGUACUUUCAAUAGUCAUGUCAAACCUUCAGAAUGGAUUCUUGCUUGAUGAUGAAACUGAACUGAAGACAUUGCUGUUUGAGGGUGAGCAGGACCAUCUCACUCCCUCUACAUCGAGCCUGCUCCUAGAAAGCGACUUUUUCGUGGUGGCGGGUCGAAUUAUUGGCCACAGCUUUCUGAAUGGUGGUCCUUGUCUGGUUGGUCUCAGCCAAGGAAUCAACCAUGUGCUGUUUGGAGGGGAACCAGAAACAGCCACUGUAACUGAGUCAGAUUGUGCUGACCAAGAUGUCCGUGAGGUCAUAAGAAUGUUACAGGGAACAAAGGAUUUGUCAGAGGAGGAGAAAUCCGUGGUUCUCUCUUUGACGUUGCCAUGGGAUCUUCCUGGAGUUACAGUCAAUAACAGACAUUGGCUCCAAGAAAAAAUACUCCUCCAUGCUGUUUUGGAAAGAACAGCACAACAGGUGAAACAAAUCCAAAGAGGGCUGAAAGACACAGGUGUGUGGGAAUUUUUCAGUUCCAGGCCUGAUGCUGUGCCAGUACUUUUUCCAAGGGCCAGUGAGGCAGAGAUAACCCCACAGAUGGUAAUCGAUAACAUAAACUGGCCUAAAGAUGAAGAUAUAGAUGAAGACAUACUCUCGUUGGAUGAUCACUGUCUGAUCAUGAGCUUCCUCCGAAGAUUCAUAGAAAAUGGAACAUCAGACAUCCUCAAGAGUUUACUAACAUUCUGGACUGGCUGGGGUGUGCUAUGCUCCAAUCUCGAGGUCGAAGUUAUUGACUGCAGUCUCCCACAGUCGUCCACUUGCUUCCUGACUUUGAAGCUAUCCAAAAACCACAAAAACUAUGAAGACUUCCACCAAGACCUUAUGGCAAGCAUUUCUUCGGACUAUUCUGGUUUUGGUCAGAUUUAAGCUGGGCCAUUUGAACAACGAAUGUUGUUGGUUAUUGGUAUUAUUACUUUUAAAUUGUUCUUAUUGUUCAGUCUCUUGAUAGACAUGGAUAUUCUGGAAUAAUCCACUUGUUAAUUAUGUAUUAGAAUUUGACAGUACUCAGCGUUGUUGUUGUUCUGAUCAACUAUAAAAACAGUUCCAUAUUAUUGUAGGACGUUUUCUGAAAACAUUUGCUUAAAAAAAAGAGAUUAGACCAACAAAGUCAUGAAUAGACAUAGCUUAAUUACAAACGGUUAAAUCU